AUGUACACCCCAAGGGGACGGGGCGCCGUCAAGAGGGGCUCCUCUCUCCCUGCUGUCUCCCUUGAGGCUCUCAGCCCCUCAACUGCAGCAGCAGCAGCAGCAGCAGAAGCAGCAGCAGCAGCAGCAGCAGACACAGCAGCAGCAACUGACUGUCAAGCUGCUGUGGAGCAAAUAGCAGAUGCUGUAGAGACAGCAGCAGGGGCAGCAGCAGCAGCAGCAGCAGCAGCAGAAGCUGCGUUUCCAGCAGCAUCCGCAUCGACAGAAGGAGCAGCAGCAGCAGCAACAGCAGCAGCAGCAGCAACUGCAGCAACAGUAGCAGCAGCAGCAGCAGCAGGAGACAGCUCGUUGUAUGGGGCUGAUUUGCCUCUGGGGGGCGAAGUGAUCGACUGCGGGGACGUGUGGGGCCUCAUACACACCAAAGGAGACGCAGCAGCAGCAGCAGCAGCAGCAACAACAGCAGCAGCAGCAGCAACAGCAGCAGCAGCAGCAGCAGGAGUAAACGGGCUGCAGCAGCAGCAGCAGCAGCAGCAGCAGCAGCAGCAGCAGAUGCUGCAAGACCAAGGUUUUAUGUUUAGGGGCGUUUGUCUCCGGCUGUCUCUCCGCUGGGCCCUUCACUACAGCGGGGGGGACCCUGCUCCCUGCUGCAGCAAAGUGCUGCUGCAGCAACCUGCUGCUGCUGCUGCUGCUGCUGCUGCAGCAGCAACCGAAAACUCUUUCACAAACCUCCCUCUGCAGCGAAUAGAACCUGCAGCAGCAGCUGCAGCAGAAAGUGCAACAACCGCUGCAGCAGCAGCAGCAGCAGCAGCAGCAGCAACUGCAGCAGCGGUGACCGACGAGACUAAGGAAUAUCAGCAGCAAAGCCCAGCUGCGAGUGUACACCGGGUAUACGGACAGCAGCAGCAGCAGCAGCAGCAGCAGCAGCAACAGCUGCUGCAGCUGCAACACACAGUAUCUGUAACUGUGGCUGCUGAGAUCUCCCCCUUGCUGCUGCUGCUGCGGGAGGAGCAGCUGCUCGAUGCUGCUGCGCUGCUGUGCUGGGUGGCAAAGACACACCGAGCACACAAGCAGCAGCAGCAGCAGCAGCAGCAGCAACAGCAGCAGCAGCAGCAACGGGAGCAGCAGCAGCAACAGCAGCAGCAACUGCAGCAGCAGCAGGAACAAGCAGAGGCCAAGAUUCGCUUCCUGCAUCAGCAGCUCCUCUCAGCAGCAGCAGCAGCAGCAGCAACAACAGCAGCAGCAGCAGCAGCAGCAGCAGCAGGGAGUGUAUGUCUAUGCGUAUAG